CUUGUCUCCACCCACCCUGUAGUAAUUAUUAAAGUGUUGCUAAACCCUGCAUUCACUAUAUCUGGUCUCCCCGGACCCUGCAUUCACCAUAUCUGGUCUCCCCGGACCCUGCAUUCACUAUAUCUGGUCUCCCCGGACCCUGCAUUCACUAUAUCUGGUCUCCCCGGACCCUGCAUUCACUAUAUCCGGUCUCCCAGGACCCUGCUAUAUCCGGUUCUGCAUUCACUAUAUCUGGUCUCCCCGGACCCUGCAUUCACUAUAUCCAGUCUCCCAGGACCCUGCAUUCACCAUAUCCGGUCUCCCAGGACCCUGCAUUCACCAUAUCCGGUCUCCCCGGACCCUGCAUUCACCAUAUCCGGUCUCCCCGGACCCUGCAUUCACUAUAUCCGGUCUCCGGACCCUGCAUUCACAUAUCCGGUCUCCCUGGACCCUGCAUUCACUAUAUCUGGUCUCCCCGGACCCUGCAUUCACUAUAUCUGGUCUCCCCAGACCCUGCAUUCACUAUAUCUGGUCUCUCACAGUACACAGAGCCCCCCCCAUAGAAAUUCAAUUAUUUUAGUAAAUAUAAACUGCUAA